AUGAUACCGACAACUUCGCGCAAUUCACCUGGAAGUCCUCUACAUGAGCAAACCUCAUAUGGAGUGAAACGCAAGUAUCACGACUCUCCUCCUCCCCAGCCUAAGCGUUCAAGAAAGACGCCCGACACACACCUGCCGACCCCCCCUAAUUCUUCCCCAUCGCGACCCUUAUCACCUCAGCCCGACAAACCCCUGCUGCCACUGCCUCUCGAGAUCCUGAACUCCAUCAUCGGUCUUGCAGACUCUGGGACUCUUCGAACCAUUGCAGGAGUCUCAAAGACGUUCCGAUCAGAGUCAAGGCGGGUCCGGAAACGGCAACUCUCCGCCGUCACGGGGGGUGUUAAGGCGACCAACACCUCAAACUCACGGGCUGAUCUGCGGUGCCCCAUGGAUCGACAGUUCGGGGCGGACGAACAUAUCGAGUUCUCUGUCUACGAUGCCGAAUGUCGCAUUUCGGCCAAUCCCUCCGAGGUCAUGACUACAGGGAAAAGCGAGUUUGGUGUUAUGUCGUCGGUGCUCGGAGAGGGUCGGAGUAAGGCUCCAUUCAAGGUGGAAGGACAACUUGGUAUUUACAAGUUGUCUUGGAACGGGAAGUCCUACUGGGCUACUCGGGCCUUGAACCAAGAAGAAGACGACGCCUUUGGUAGCCAGCUUCUACAGCUGGGUUUCCUUGGACGCUUGGGCGCCUUGUUCAAGCUGUUCAGGGAAGAGGUCAAGUCGGAGAUAGUGAUCACCGUCUCGUACUGCUUUGUGAUAAGGGAAGACCUCCCCCAAGCCCUCUCUCCGUCCGGCAAAGCAAAAGUCGAGUCCGACCCGCUUGUCAGGGCAGCCAAAGUCAAAGAAGAGGAGGCUCGCCGCGUGGCUCUGUCCAAAUACGCCACCGUGAAGGAGGCUUUGAGUGUGGCAACUGGAAGCGCAAAUAACGACGACGAGCCGCGUGAAGGCGCAAGAAUUAUGUACACCACGUUCUCUGAGCAGACUGCAAAUGACAACCCCUCCCUCCUGGCCCCUCCCUCCUGGCCCCUUCAUCCUGGCCCCUUCAUCCUGGCCCCUUCAUCCUGGCCCUCUCCCUCCUGGCCGUUCCCUCCUGGCCGGAAGCUCGACAGGUUCCUCUCGGGGCACCUGGACGGAGCUGUCGGUGCCCUUGACGGCACCCACAUAGUCGUCAACGUCGAUGAGAGGGACCGACCGAGAUACCGCAACCGACUCGGGCGGCUCACCAUGAACGUGCUCGCAGCGUGUACGUUCGACAUGCUGUUUACCCACGUCUUUGUGGGUUAUGAGGGUUAUGAGGGCAGCGCCAACGACCAGGUAGUGCUGUCUGCGUCACUGGAGAAGGGGUUCGCGAUACCGGAGGGAAGGUACUAUCUGGCGGACGCGGGGAUGGGGCUCACCCCGGGAUUCUCCUUCCCCUUCACGGCGUGCGAAGGCGGAGACAAAGACAGCCCUUUUGACCAAAGCAAGGUUCCAUUCGUGACGGCUGAGAUCUUGCCUACGGGAAACCAGCGUACUUUUCUGGCACUCGGGAGGGUUGCCAUGCUGCGGGGCCUGGCAAAUACAUUCACCCCGACCUUGGCACCCUCAUUGUCACCACUUCCAAUCCCCACUUAG